AUGAGUUCGUAUCAUGAGCUAAACAUAUCAAAUGAACAUCCAGUUCAUGGUGAUAUAAAUCACAUUAGCACCCUUUCCGAGGAUAUUGGCGCAUUGUAUCUCUCAGAUGAUUAUUCAGAUGUUACUUUAAUUGUCUGUGGGCAAAGAUUCAACAGCCAUAAAAUGAUAUUAGCUGCACGUAGUCAAUAUUUCAGAGCUCUUCUUUUUGGAGGUUUAAAAGAAUCUACGCAACAGGAAAUUGAAUUGAAAGAUGCUAAUUCAAAUGGAUUUAAAGGUUUACUUGAAUAUAUCUAUACAGGACGGAUGUCUCUUACAGACAGACGCGAGGAAGUGAUAUUGGACAUUCUUGGGUUAGCACACCUCUAUGGAUUUUCAGAAUUAGAAACUUCUAUAUCAGCUUAUCUUAAAGAAAUAUUAAAUAUAAAAAAUGUCUGCCUCAUAUUCGAUGCAGCGCUUCUUUAUCAACUAGAAUUUCUCAUCAGGGUUUGUCAUGAGUACAUGGAUGAACAUGCAUGUGAAGUAAUACAACAUGAGAGUUUUUUGCAAUUGAGUAUCGAUGCUUUGAAUAAG